AUGCGCUUCUUCAGAUCUCCGACGUCGGGCCUCGACGCAAUCCUCAACCGUCCGGAAGAGACGACCUGGGACCGUCUACUCUCCUCGCCCCUGACCACCAUCGCGAAGUACCUCUACGAGUUCUUCCCCGUCUCCUUCCCGACGCCGUCCCCGCGCGGCGGCGGCGCCGUGUCGGUGGUCUGCGUCUCGGACACCCACGGCACGCAGCCGCGCCUGCCGCCCGGCGACGUGCUCGUCCACGCGGGCGACCUCUCCGUCUCCGGGAAGCGGGAGGAGGUGCGCGAGACCGUGGACUGGAUCAAGCGGCAGCCGCACCGUUUCAAAGUCGUCAUCGCGGGGAACCACGAUCUCUGUCUCGACGAGGACGGUGAGGAAGAGGUGGUGGAUUGGGGGGACGUGGUGUAUCUCAACCGCUCCUCCGCGACUCUGAAGAUCCCCGUGGAAGAUUCCGCGGGGGACGUGAAGACGAGGGAGGUCCGGGUCUACGGCAGCCCGUACACGCCGAAACACGGCAACUGGGCCUUCCAGUACCCGCGCUCGGCCGCCUCGAACCCGUUCACGGGGGACGUUCCGGCGGGGACGGAUAUCAUGGUCACGCACGCGCCGCCGAAGGGACACAUGGACGAUCCGAAGGGCCACUGGGGCUGCGAGAAGUUGCUGGAGGAGGUGUGGCGGGUGAGGCCGCGGUUGCACGUCUUCGGGCACGUUCACUGCGGGCGCGGGGUCGAGGCUGUCGGGUUCGACGAGGUGCAGAGGGCGUGGGAGGAUUUGGUGCUGGAGAGGUCGAAGGGCGGGAGGGGUGUGUGGGCGUUCGUGCGGAUGGUGAGGGCUUGGUUUGGUGUUUGGUGGAGGGGCGGGAGGAGGGCACGAGGGGAGACGGUGCUUGUUAAUGGUGCUGUUAAAGGGGGGUUGAAGGAUAGGUUGAUUCGGGAGGCUAUUGUUGUGAGGAUAUAG